AUGGCGGCGUCGCGUCGCUCUCAGCAUCAUCACCACCAUCAUCAACAACAGCUCCAGCCCGCCCCAGGGGCUUCGGCGCCGCCGCCGCCACCUCCCCCCCCACUCAGCCCGGGCCUGGCCCCUGGGACCACCCCGGCCUCCCCUACGGUGGGCGGCCUGGCUCCGUUCGCCUCCCCGAGGCACGGCCUAGCGCUGCCGGAGGGGGAUGGCAGUCGGGAUCCGCCCGACAGGCCCCGAUCCCCGGACCCGGUUGACAGUGCCAGCUGUUGCAGUCCCACGAGCACAGUCUGUACGGUUGCCGCCGCUCCUGUGGUCCCGGCGGUUUCUGCCUCAUCUGCCGUCGGGGUCGCUCCCAACCCAGCCGGCGGCGGCAGUAACAAUUCACCGUCGUCCUCUUCUUCCCCGACUUCUUCCUCCUCUUCCUCUCCAUCCUCCCCCGGAUCGAGCUUGGCGGAGAGCCCCGAGGCGGCCGGAGUUAGCACCACAGCACCACUGGGGCCUGGGGCUGCGGGCCCGGGGCCAGGGGUCCCAGCAGUGAGCGGGGCCCUGCGGGAACUGCUGGAGGCCUGUCGCAAUGGGGACGUGUCCCGGGUAAAGAGACUGGUGGACGCGGCAAACGUGAAUGCUAAGGACAUGGCCGGCCGGAAGUCUUCUCCCCUGCACUUCGCUGCAGGUUUUGGAAGAAAGGACGUGGUAGAACACUUACUACAGAUGGGUGCUAACGUCCAUGCUCGUGAUGAUGGCGGUCUCAUUCCACUUCAUAAUGCGUGUUCUUUUGGCCAUGCUGAGGUUGUGAGUCUGUUACUGUGCCAAGGAGCUGAUCCAAAUGCCAGGGAUAACUGGAACUAUACCCCUCUGCAUGAAGCUGCUAUAAAAGGAAAGAUCGAUGUAUGUAUUGUGCUGCUGCAGCACGGAGCUGAUCCAAACAUUCGGAACACCGAUGGGAAGUCAGCCCUGGACCUGGCAGAUCCUUCAGCCAAAGCCGUCCUCACAGGUGAAUAUAAGAAAGACGAACUCCUAGAAGCUGCUAGGAGUGGUAAUGAAGAAAAACUAAUGGCUUUACUGACUCCUCUAAAUGUGAAUUGCCAUGCAAGUGAUGGGCGAAAGUCAACUCCUUUACAUCUAGCAGCAGGCUACAACCGCGUUCGGAUCGUUCAGCUUCUUCUCCAGCAUGGUGCUGAUGUGCAUGCAAAAGACAAAGGUGGACUUGUGCCUCUUCAUAAUGCGUGUUCAUAUGGACAUUAUGAAGUCACAGAACUGCUACUAAAGCAUGGAGCUUGUGUUAAUGCUAUGGAUCUGUGGCAGUUUACCCCACUUCAUGAGGCUGCUUCCAAGAAUCGCGUAGAGGUCUGCUCUUUGUUACUUAGCCAUGGUGCUGAUCCCACUUUAGUCAACUGCCACGGCAAAAGUGCGGUAGACAUGGCUCCAACUCCUGAGCUCCGGGAAAGAUUGACUUAUGAAUUUAAAGGUCACUCUUUACUACAAGCAGCCAGAGAAGCAGAUCUAGCCAAAGUUAAAAAAACACUUGCUCUGGAAAUCAUUAAUUUCAAACAGCCACAGUCUCAUGAAACUGCGCUGCACUGUGCUGUGGCCUCUCUGCAUCCCAAACGCAAACAAGUGACAGAAUUGUUACUUCGAAAAGGAGCAAAUGUUAAUGAGAAAAAUAAAGAUUUCAUGACUCCCCUGCACGUUGCAGCAGAGAGAGCCCACAACGAUGUCAUGGAAGUUCUCCAUAAACACGGAGCAAAGAUGAAUGCACUGGACACCCUUGGUCAGACCGCUUUGCAUAGAGCUGCCCUUGCUGGUCAUCUGCAGACAUGCCGCCUGCUGCUGAGUUACGGCUCAGAUCCCUCCAUCAUCUCCUUACAAGGCUUUACAGCAGCACAGAUGGGGAACGAGGCCGUGCAGCAGAUUCUGAGUGAAAGUACACCUAUACGCACUUCUGAUGUUGACUAUCGACUCUUAGAAGCAUCUAAAGCCGGAGACUUGGAAACUGUGAAGCAACUUUGCAGCCCUCAGAAUGUGAAUUGCAGAGAUUUAGAGGGCCGGCAUUCCACGCCCUUACACUUCGCGGCAGGCUACAACCGUGUGUCUGUUGUGGAGUACCUCCUCCACCAUGGUGCUGAUGUCCAUGCCAAAGACAAAGGUGGCUUGGUGCCCCUUCAUAAUGCUUGUUCAUACGGACACUACGAAGUAGCUGAGCUCUUGGUAAGACAUGGGGCUUCCGUCAAUGUGGCAGACUUAUGGAAAUUUACCCCUCUACAUGAAGCAGCAGCUAAAGGAAAAUAUGAAAUCUGCAAGCUCCUUUUAAAACAUGGAGCAGAUCCCACUAAAAAGAACAGAGACGGAAAUACACCUUUAGAUUUGGUAAAAGAAGGAGACACAGAUAUUCAGGACUUGCUGAGAGGAGAUGCUGCUUUGUUGGAUGCUGCCAAGAAGGGCUGCCUGGCAAGAGUGCAAAAGCUCUGUACCCCAGAAAAUAUCAACUGCAGAGACACCCAGGGCAGAAACUCCACCCCUCUGCACCUGGCAGCAGGCUACAAUAACCUGGAAGUAGCGGAGUAUCUUCUAGAGCACGGAGCAGAUGUUAAUGCCCAAGACAAAGGUGGUUUAAUACCUCUUCACAAUGCGGCAUCCUAUGGGCAUGUGGACAUUGCAGCAUUAUUGAUAAAAUACAACACAUGCGUAAAUGCAACAGACAAGUGGGCAUUUACUCCUCUUCACGAAGCAGCCCAAAAAGGCAGGACGCAGCUUUGUGCCCUACUCCUAGCGCACGGUGCAGAUCCGACUAUGAAGAACCAGGAAGGCCAGACCCCUUUAGAUCUGGCGACAGCUGAUGACAUCAGAGCUCUGCUGAUAGACGCCAUGCCCCCAGAGGCCUUACCUACGUGUUUCAAACCUCAGGCUACUGUCGUGAGUGCCUCUCUGAUCUCACCAGCAUCCACCCCCUCCUGCCUGUCUGCUGCUAGCAGCAUAGACAACCUCACCGGCCCCUUAGCAGAGCUGGCCGUGGGAGGGGCAUCCAACACCGGGGAUGGCGCGGCGGGCGCAGAGAGGAAGGAAGGAGAAGUUGCGGGUCUUGACAUGAAUAUUAGCCAGUUCCUAAAAAGCCUUGGUCUUGAACAUCUUCGGGACAUCUUUGAAACAGAACAGAUUACCCUAGAUGUGUUGGCUGAUAUGGGUCAUGAAGAGUUGAAAGAAAUAGGCAUCAAUGCAUAUGGACACCGCCAUAAAUUAAUCAAGGGAGUAGAAAGACUCCUAGGUGGACAACAAGGCACCAAUCCUUAUUUGACUUUUCACUGUGUUAAUCAGGGAACCAUUUUGCUGGAUCUUGCUCCAGAAGAUAAAGAGUAUCAGUCAGUAGAAGAGGAGAUGCAAAGUACAAUUCGAGAACACCGAGAUGGUGGUAACGCUGGAGGCAUCUUCAACAGAUACAAUGUCAUUCGAAUUCAGAAAGUUGUGAACAAGAAGUUAAGAGAGCGGUUCUGCCACAGACAGAAGGAAGUGUCCGAGGAGAAUCACAACCACCACAAUGAGCGCAUGCUGUUUCACGGUUCUCCUUUCAUUAAUGCCAUUAUUCAUAAAGGGUUUGAUGAGCGACAUGCAUAUAUAGGAGGAAUGUUUGGUGCUGGGAUUUAUUUUGCUGAAAACUCUUCUAAAAGCAACCAAUAUGUUUAUGGAAUCGGAGGAGGAACAGGCUGUCCCACGCACAAAGACCGGUCAUGUUAUAUAUGUCACAGGCAAAUGCUUUUCUGUAGAGUGACCCUUGGCAAGUCCUUUCUGCAGUUCAGCACCAUGAAAAUGGCCCACGCCCCUCCAGGCCAUCACUCUGUCAUUGGGAGGCCAAGUGUGAAUGGGCUGGCCUACGCCGAAUACGUUAUCUACAGAGGAGAGCAGGCAUACCCAGAGUAUCUGAUCACAUACCAGAUCAUGAAGCCAGAAGCUCCUUCACAGACCGCGACAGCCGCAGAGCAGAAGACCUAGUGAACGCCCAUCGGUAAAGGCCGGAUCAGAUUUCAGCCCGGGCCUGGAUGACAGUGGAUUGUUUUCAACAAAAUCAAUAUUCUAUAAAUCCCCGACAGCCUAGAAAUAAGCUGUUUGUCUUUUAUAAAGCAUUGCAAUAGUGAUGAAUAUAGUAUGAGUAACUGAUACAUACUCAACUGCUACUGUUCCCUUUGAGGAAAUGUUUACAGGGGCGGCCUUUUAAUAUAUCUCAGGCUCAUUUUCAUUGCAGUUAUCCAUCGCUAAGACAGGACUACUUUGAUCUAGACUUGGAAAUGGGAAAAAAGACAACAUAACCAAUACUUUCCCGAAUGUUCACAAUUCACACACUACAUUUGCUUUUCUACAUACGGCCCGUGUAUAUAAUAAAUAUACACAUAUGACAGGCUCAUUUUUUAGUUUUUUCUGAGCAUUUAUCAUCCACUUUUUGUUGCUAUCAUUGUUGUUGCUUACUUUGAAAAUGAGCCUGAGCCUUCCUGAGGAUAUUUUGCACAGUCACACUGACUAAAAUCACUAGUGACAUAACCCGAGCUUCCGGCUGAGCAAGGCUUUUAGUGUCCACUUUUUUUCCCCCACUGAUUUAUUUUUUAUCUGUACCUCUUAUCAGCAUAAACGGAGAUGGAAAGGAAAAACGCCACAUUUCAGUUUCCUUUUAUGAUUGGCCAGUCUUACAAGGGAAAGGCACCCAGCAUCCACCUGAUUUAGGAACUCCCAGGUUCAGAGCAAGUCGAAGCCCAUGAGAGCCUACUCGCACUUCCCAACGCAGGCCUGCCUCCGAGGCGUUCGGGACGGUGCUGGAGGGCCAGGAAGAGCCCAGCCAGUGAGAGGCUGUGGUGACGUUGAGAGGGGAGACCGCCGGGGAGGCCUGUGAAUCCAGAAGCAUCAUUAAGACACAUGAGGGGCCUGAGGUGCGAAAAUACGGCAACAGAAAAGGACCACGAGGACUUCUCCAAGAUAACACUACUUCCCUUCACUUAACCCGCACCACCAGAACUGUCGCCCCAGAAUCAGCUGCCUUACUUCCCGAUUCGGUGGAAUUACCAUGCUCCAGUGGAAUCACAGAAAUAUGCUUGAUUGUUUCUCUAGUUUAGAAAGCUGGGGUUCAAAUCCUGUUUAGUCACUAGAUAGGCACAAAUGGGAGAACUCUUCUGUUUGCUCCAGAUUUGGGGUUUAUUUUGAGUGAGGUGCUUCAGAUAGUUUACAUAGGUCCCUGCACUAAAUUUUUGAACCAUUGUCUCAAACUGCUUAAUAGAUGAGGAGAACAAAAAUGGAAACCAAAGCUCUUUCGGUUGUUUUUUAAAUGAAAGGAGAGAAAUAGUCAUACUGUUCCUUCUUGAAAUCACUGCUUUGCUUUGCUUUUUUUCCCUCAACAUUUGUCAAGUGCACGUUGACACUUAAAAAAAUUAUCCGUGACAGUUCUCACACUUGUCCUUUUCAUCUUAACUGAAUAUUGAAUUGAGUGCAUUAACAUAUUGGACAUGCUAUGUGUCUACUCAGCUUCGAAGCAAAGUAAUAUAAAUGUGGUGGAGAAAAAGGAAAAACAGCGUGAUGCAAACUUGCCAUUUCAGUUUACAGUCCUGAAAACUAAUUUGCUUGUUUGUUUUUUUAAUGCAGGUUGAUUAAGCUGUGACUUCAUUUAAUCUCCUAAAGAAAAAUAAAAUGGUUACAUGCAAAGAUUCUAGAAUAGGGUCUUACACAUUUUGCUUUCCUUUUGGCUUGAGUCCAAUGCUAGAACUAGGCAUCGGGAAUUAGUUUUGAGUUUUAUAGCUGAAUCUUGCAUGGGUCCUCAAAAUUAAAUCAAGAAUUAGCCUCAGUUGUUGCUUCUAUUGAAGUUUUAGUGACCCAAGCUGGGUGUUUGUGUCUUGGCUACUUGUUUAAUAGCACUAGAAUUCCACACAGAGCU